AUGAGUGAAGAAGAAAUGACAAGAAAACUCAAAACAUUGCGCCGCCAAAGAGGCAAUGUUGAGGGUGCUAUCACCCAAUUCUUUAAGAAACUAGACGGUUGGAAGGAGAACCCCGAAUGCCGGGAUUCUGAUUUUUUGGAGCAGAGCCUGGAAUCUCUCCAAAAAACAUAUCUCAAAUUUGACCGAAUUCAGGAUGAAAUCGAAGAGCUCGAUGAAACCGAGAUCGAGCAACGAGAAGUUUUCACUGACCUUUUUGACAAAGCCGUCGCGCGUGCACGUAGGUACUUGCGCGAUGCUGCCAAGUCUCCGGAUACCGGAACUAAAUCCGAUAGUUCCACUUCCGCGGAAAAUGAAUCAACUUCCUCGAUUUCAGUUAAACUGCCAACUAUAGCACUACCUAGCUAUGAUGGGUCCCUGGAAGGAUGGGCUUCAUUCUUCGACCUAUUCACCAGUUUAAUUGAUCAGAACCCGAAACUUACAGCCGUGAAAAAGCUGUACUAUUUGAAAACUGCGAUGACUGGUAAAGCUGCUGAUUUGCUUACCAAUUUUAAAACAACUGAUGACAACUACCGAUUGGCCCUGGAUCUUUUAAAGGACAAAUUUUAUCGUCCACGACGCACCUUGCGUCAACACUAUGGUAAUUUACGUGAUUAUCCAAAACUUCAGAAGGAUACACCAACGGCAUUGGGAAACUUAGUUGAUUUUUUCUAG